ACGUCGUCACAUCGUGUUCGUAAAAACGUCUGCUCGAAAAAACUACGUAAUCAAAAUAACAUUCCAAAGGAUAACCAUUUAUCUGCCUUUCUUUUGUACAAAAUAAUAUUCGAGCCGAGAAACUGCGAUAAAAUUGCAUUUUUUAUACACCACGUAAAUUAUAACGUGAUUAAACGAUUUACGUGGUUAUUAGAAUUAUAUAUGAAUACUAAAUUUUUAACCUCGCGAUUGUGCCGGUUUCUAUUCCUCAACAUACUGUUCAAAAAACCAAACGAUCAUCAUUGAUUGACGAUAGUUCGUUGUUCAAAUUUUCACCUUAAUAUUCACAAACAAACGAGAUAAGUUUUGAGCGGAUAUUUGCCUUGGAACGUUCCACAUUGCCACGUGGAAAGUGAGGUUCGGUAGUGUUGAUAUUUACUGCACAACUCACGUAAAAAACAUACAUGCAAUGGCUAAACCCAAAGGAAAUGAAAGAUCAACGAGAUCACGAGUCAAAAUAGUUGCUCCUGACGAUCCUUUGGAAGAAACUACUGUCAAAAUUCCGGUUUUGAAAACCAUACUGACAGCCGCAUGCAUAGCCGUAGCUGCGUGGUUCAGUUACAAGGGAUAUUUAGAAACCAGAGUUAACACACCGUACAGUACAGAAAAGUUAGUUACAGUCGCAAAUCUAAACAGCCUCGAUCGUUACUGGGGCUCCUACAGACCAGGAACGUACUUUGGUCUAAAAACUCGGGAUCCUCAUUCACUGGUGACAGGUUUGAUGUGGUACUUUCCACAUUAUUUACGCCAGGGUGGUGAGGGGUUUCGUCAUUGGUGUGAGCAGGGUGACAGAUUGGACCGAUACGCUUGGUUGGAACACGACGGGAGGAAUUUUGGUACGCAAGAAAUUGUUGAUGGUGGUGUUGUGAUAAGGACGAGUUUCGUGAAAAAAGUUGGUGGAAGUAACGGCGGUGAUUGGACUGCAAGGAUAAGCGUAAAUUCAGAAAAUCCUAACAGAAACGGCGAGGAGCUGUCGAUGCUUUUUUAUGGUGCAAUGGAAGGGAAGGCACGAGGACGAAUGAACGCGAGUUUGAGUGAUGAAAGUAAACUUUUGGGCAUCGAAGGAUAUACACAGGCUUUGGGUACGUUCAAAAUAACGUUGAAUGCGAGAAAAGGAUUCAUCGAGGAAAAUUCAUAUUUGACAACUGUUGCGCCGGGACUGCAUUUACUGAAAGAAACGGUACUGCAUAAUUUGCGAAUAGCAUCGCACAAAGGCUCGACGAAAAAGCACAUAAUCUUGGCUGGCGAGCAGCUGCCUUUAUCGCCGGAGAAUAAGAAAUUGGAGCCGAAUUUCGUCGUGAGUCAAGUAACGUCGAAAAUCCCAUUCGAGUUCGAGGUGAACUUUGAAUCGGGAAGUUUCGUCGAUCGUAACGAGAAACUGAUGGGACAAAUAUACGACGAUGCAUUGGCGGAGCACAAGCGUCGUUUCGACGACAAAUUCGAGCGUGUAUUCAAAUUGAGAUCGAAGGGGUUUGACGAGGAAGCGGUAGAUUUCGGAAAAAUGGCGUUUUCCAAUAUGAUCGGUUCGAUCGGUUACUUUUACGGGAAUUCCCAAGUCCAGAGUGUCUUCACGAAGACUCCCGUGCCAUACUGGAAGGCGCCCUUGUACACUGCGGUACCCAGUCGCAGCUUUUUUCCACGGGGCUUUUUGUGGGACGAAGGUUUUCACGGUCUUUUGUUGGCGGCCUGGGACGUUGAUAUCGAAAUGGACAUAAUGAGCCAUUGGUUCGACCUGAUGAACGUCGAGGGUUGGAUACCCCGUGAGAUGAUAUUGGGUCAAGAAGCAAUGGCGAAGGUACCUGAGGAAUUCGUCACUCAAGUAAAUACCAACGCGAAUCCACCCACUUUUUUCCUCACCUUGAAUUUCAUCCUCGAGCAUCGUGAAGACGAGCUUCUGCUGAGGCACUACAAACUCCUGGACAAGCUUUAUCCGCGGCUCCAGGCUUGGUUUGAAUGGUUCAAUACGACUCAGGCAGGAGAUUCGCCAGGAACAUACCGCUGGCGUGGUCGUGACGGCACGACGCUCAGGGAGCUGAAUCCGAAAACUUUAACUUCCGGUCUGGACGACUAUCCACGUGCUUCGCAUCCCAACAUCGACGAGCGACACGUCGACCUCCGUUGCUGGAUUGGCUUCGCCGCGGGCGUCAUGACACGCCUCGCCGAAAUUCUACACGAACCUGCAGAAAAGUACAAAAACACUCACGAUUAUCUCAACGACAACGCUCUGCUAAACAAACUUCAUUGGUCGCCCAACACUCAGAGCUACGCCGAUUUCGGUCUCCACACCGAUCGAGUCGAACUUCGGAGACCAAUGACUCCCCCGCGAUCUCACGCACCAUCCUCCGAAAUGAUUAGGUUCGUCCUGGAAGACCCGACCCUGCGAUACAUCGACACAUCCUUCGGAUACGUCUCCCUGUUCCCUUUCAUCCUACAAAUCGUUCGACCCGAUUCACCCCAACUCGGUAAAAUCCUUGAUGAUCUCACCAAUCCUGAUCUACUCUGGACAAAAUACGGUCUGAGAUCCCUUGCCAAAACGUCACCAAUUUACAUGAAGUACAACACCGAACAUGACGCUCCCUACUGGCGAGGCCCCAUUUGGAUCAAUCUCAAUUACCUUACGCUGCGAGCCUUGAACCAUUAUUCAGCGAUCGAGGGACCCCAUCAAUCGAAAGCAACAAAAAUCUACACCCAGUUGCGUGACAAUCUAAUCAAGAAUAUGAUUGGACAGUACAGAAAAACCGGAUACGUUUGGGAAAACUAUGGCGAUAAGCACGGCGAGGGAAAGGGAAGUCAUCCAUUCUCCGGAUGGUCUUCUCUCAUCGUUCUCAUAAUGGCGGAAAUAUAUUGAAAACUUUUCGUGAUUAUUUUUUACACUUUGGAUCAACGCUUUUUGUUUCGUUUGUUGUUACUUCUGAUUCGCGUUUUCAUGGUUCAACUGUUUCUAGAGGAUGGCUCGUCCCACCGAAUUAGAGCGAAGCGACUGUCAACUGCCAUUUUUUAAAUUAUUGUUCUCCAUUGGUGACUGAUAUUCGAAUUUUUUUUCUUCAUAACCUAUUUUGUAUCGCCGCGACUCUGCUGUAAUCGUGUUUUCGCUGUUUCAUAAAAGUUACCAUCGAAUAGUCUUUAGCAAAUUAUUUACACUGUAAUUGCAAUUUCAUUGAUUUUGUAGGAUAAUCAUUCGUUGAAUGGAAUAUUCCGAUUGUGCAUUUUUUGUUUUAAUAAAAUUCGAGGAAAUGUUUCUUCGCACUAAUGACACUUGAGCACUUCGCUAGCUGAAAAGUUCUCGGAUACAAAUUCUCCUGAAUAGAUAGCGUCUAAAAUUUAAAUGAACUAUAGCACUAACAGUGUUAAUUUUCAUUAAUUUCGUUGACGAAUAUCGUUUUAGAAUUUUCAAAAUGAAUGUUUAUAUUUUAUGUAGAUGGAAAUGGAAGCGCGUUUCAUUACGAGCGUUGGAAAAUAUGUUAACGAAGAGCAACAAAAUACAAGAGUUGUCAAAAUAUAAACUCAUUGAAGAUAUCGAGUGAUCAUAACCUUCGUGUGUAGUCAUCAAUGACUCCCUCAAAAAAAUGAAGUGGAAAGGCAAUUGAGAAUCGUGGCAUAUUUAAGAGAAUUUUAAAAUAAAACCAGGCUGUGACAUGUUAAACAUUUCUACGUUUCUAUUAUACAUCGGCAUUGUUAUCCAGAAGAAAAUUGUCACGAUUACAUAUUAACUUCCGAGUGUGGCAAAUGUAAAACUUUUACGUUGCGAUAAAAUACUUAAAAGUUUCGAACAUUCACAGAUCAUAGAAUUCAUCAUACUGAAUGCAUUUCCAGUGUUAUUUUGCUUUUAUGACGUGUAUUUAAGUACGUAUGAAUAGGUAUAUUUUAAUUCUGUAUAACGGAAUGUGAAAUAAAAUUUAUCCAACCUUUUUAUCA